UGAUGGUGGAUGGGGUAGCAGACAUGUUGCUAUCGCCAAAAGUGCCUCCUGAGUCAUAACACCAUGUGAACCCUAGUUACGAACACCUUUGGGAUAAAUUAGAGCCUGCCUGUGAGCUAGGCGAUCUUGUCCAACAUCAGUGCUUGACUUCACAAAUGUGCUUCUGGAAAAAUGGUCAAAAAUUUCCAUAAACACACUCCUAAACCUUGUGGAAUGCCUUCCCAGAAGACCUGAGGCUGUUAUAGCUGCAAAAGGUGGGCUGACAUAAACACUAUAGAUAAAUAAUGGGAUGUCACUCGAGUUCAUAUGCGUGUGUUGGCACAUGUGCAAAUACUUUUGGCAUAUUAUUGUCUCAUCUGACACUGGAUCAUUGUCUUUGACAACUGCUGAUGGCUUAACCUUCUUAACCUGUUAGUUGUGCUCUGGUCACCUGCCUUUUUAAAGAAAUGUAACCCCUGACAUUCUUUGGUUUGCUUUUUCUCCUCUUUCUUUAUUUUCUUUCCGAUUUAGCUCUUUUCAGGAAAGACAUGAUGUGGAGGGGUUUGUAUUAGUGGUCACAUGGAUAUACCAAAUUAGCUGUGCUGUAAAGCCGAGUCCAAAUGCGUCAUUUAUAAGACUUGAAAUCAGGGCUGCAACUAAAUAUUAUUUUGGCAAUCAACUAAACUGCCAAUUUUUCUUUGAUUAGUCAAUUAGUCAAGUAUUAUUUCAAUAAUUCUUAUCUCCGCUUCCUGUGGGCAAACCUCCUGUUCUAGGCUCCAGUCUGCCCACCUGUUAAUAAUCUCACUGUUGUCUCGUCUCACAGAAAAUUAAAAUUAUGAUCCAGGAAACAUAGCAAUUUGAAAAUAAUCAAAUGUAUUUUUAACAUUACUCAAUAAGACUGUCAGAAUAAAAUGAAAUAAAUAAAAAUGUUAGAUUGUACAAAUUAAAGUUCUAGUAUUAUUUAAACAAAAAAAAUAGUGCAAACGGGAAAUCAAAAAUGGCUUCUGUCCAUAAGUUCAAAUAAAAGCUUCAAAUUAAAUCAAAAAGAUUUUUUUUCUAAUCCAGUGUAACAAGUUUCUGAAUUAUUGAUAUUGUUCGACCCACAGAUCAACUACCUAACGUUAGGUAGAAGAGUUUACUAUUCAGAAGAAAUGCUAUAUAUAUUAAUGUUAGGGGAAAACAAACAAACUAGGAGACAGUAUAGCAACCCCUUUUUGAUGGUUUAAUAUCGCAUUUCACUCAUUAGCUAACAAAACUGUAAUGAUGUUCAGUUAUCAAGCAUCAUCCUGGGAUAUUUCUAACAGGAUAGCUAACAUAAACAUUACUGUACAAAGAGUAACAGCGUUUAUAUGUCUGUGUAGGUUCAUGGUAAUCUAAGGAGCUUGGAAAGAAAAGCGACCAGACUUCUUUAAGUGUCUUGAAGACGUUUUACUUCUUAUUCGAGAAGCUUCUUCAGCAUUUUAAACGCUCGUACACUGAAUUAUUGCUGUUUUGGAACAAAAGCACAGCUUUGCACAGACUGCAUUUAACUUUAUUUGUUUUUGUAUAUUUUUAAAUCUCCGUUUCCAUUUUGUUCUGUCCUCCUGCUUUGCCGUUCACACUACAUUCUUAGUUUUGGCAGACGAUAUAGGCGAUACUGCCUCCAAAACAAACUUUUGGUUCCAGUCGUGCAAGGGCCUCUCUCACCUUUAGGGCCCGGGUGGUCAGUCCCACUUUUAUCCUCACUAAGUAGGUGGCCCCCAUAUUCAUCAGUUUCUGCUUACAAUAGCCUGUUUGAAAUACUCAUUCAAACAAGUUUAUGUUUGGUUGAGUGGUUUGUUAGACCCUGUGAAAAAACAUGUUGUGGUUAGACCCUAUGGAAAAGUGUCUCAGAUAUACAAAUACAAAUUCAAAUUUUAUUUGUCACAUACACAAUUUUACAUAAUACGACAUGCAGUGAAAUGCUUGUUGCUGUGCAAUGCCGAACCAUAAAAAAAGCUAAACGGAGACAUAAAAGUAAACAUAAAACUAAACUAGCAAGUAAUUUAGAUAAUAUACAAAUGUAAAAUUUAAAACUUAACUGUAAAAAAUGUACAAUAAAAUUGAAGGUUUAAAAAAUAAUAAUUAAAAAAAAAAAAAUAAACAAAGUGUGCAAGUAGAGACUGUGCAAAUAAACAGUGUGCAGAGUAACAGUUUGCAGUGGAAUAAAUAGUUCCUGAUGUAUAGUAAUGAGAGAGAGUCCAGUCUACACAUGGUUCAGGGACCGAAUAGCCUGAGGGAAGAAACUCCUCCUCAUUCUCUCUGUUUUGGCCUUAAGGGAGUGGAAGUGCUUCCCAGAACUCAGAAGUGAGAAGAGUCCAUUGUUGAGAUGAGAGCGAACUUCAUAAUCUUCCUGGCUUUGGUCUUGCACCGCUUAGUAUAGAUGGACCACUUUUUGAAGAUCUCGUCUGUCCUGAUUGGUGCUGUUCCCAUACCAUGUGCAGAUGUUUCCCCAUCAGGAUGCUCUCAGUGGUGCAGGAGUAAAAGUUCUUAAGCAUCCUCAGCGGGAGAUGGAAGUCUCUAAGUCUUCUGAGGUAGAAGAGACACUGACAGGCUUUCUUAACCAGAGUGUUAAUGUGACAUUACCAUGACAGGUCCUGAGUCAUGUGGAAUCCCAGGUACCAGAAGCUAUCCACUCUGUCCACUGGCGCGCCACUGAUGUUUAGGGGCUCGUAAUUCCUCGCCUGCUUUGUACUGAAGUCCACAAUCAGCUCCUUUGUCUUGCUGACGUUUAGGAGGAGGUUGUUCUCCUGGCACUAGUUCUCCAGGUGUACGUUUCCAUUUGACUAAUUUAGAGUAUGUAGUUAUUAGAACUAGUUGUUUUAGUUAUUUUCAUUCAUACCAAAGAUUAAAUGGUAAAUGGCCUGUAUUUGUAUAGCGCUUUACUAGUCCCUAAGGACCCCAAAGCGCUUUACACAUGCAGUCAUCCACCCAUUCACACACACAUUCACACACUGGUGAUGGCAAGCUACAUCGUAGCCACAGCUGCCCUGGGGUGCACUGACGAUUAACGAUGAUUCUAAUUUCUUAAUCGACUAACCGUAAAAAAAGUUGGACUAACCAACAAGUCUAAAGAAACACUCAGUUAAAUUUAAGAACCGUUUAAAGAAAAAUGUCAAAAAUUAAUAACAAAUGCUCUUUAAACCAUUAAUCACAUUCUUCAAUAAAUGAAUCAUGCCGCUUAACUGUACGACACCUUCCAUCAUGCAUUAUCAACGUACAUCAAUUGUACGUUAUACUCCAGACAGACAACAACAAAGAACACUUAAAACAAACCGAUGUUAAAUAUGAUAUGAAAACAUGUUACUACAAAAGGUGUUCAUGUACUAUUAAAAUAUGACAAAUUAACAUUGGAAAAGUGUGGCUCAUUGUGGCGUUCAUUGUGAAUGAUGCAUGCUGUUUAAAAGUUCAUAACAACCACUUCAGUAAAACUAAAAUUCUAAAACAACAAAACAAGAAAUCAUCCAGUCAUUUUCUUCCACGUAUCUGAAUUCCAGAGGCGGCAGCAGGGAAGCCCAGGCCUCCCUCUCGCCACGUCCUCCAAAUUAUCCAGGGAAUCAUCAAGCUUUUCCCAGGCCAGCCGAUAAAUGUAAUCUCUCCCGUGUUGUCCCGAGUCUAUGCCGGGGCCUCCUCUUGGUAGGACAUGCUCAGUUGGAACACCCUACUUAUGAGAGAACUACCCUAGCCAUCUCCAUGUGAUGUAGAGGACUAGCAGCUCUACUCUGAACCCCUCCAUAAUGAGUGAAUGCCUCACUCUGUCGCUAAGGGAGUGCCCAUCCACCUUUUGGAGAAAACUAAUUUCAGCUGCCGGUGUCUGCAAACUCAUUCUAAUAGUGUUCACAAAAACAUGAAGCAGAGAUUAAUAGAUCCAGGCGUAUCUCAAUAAUAACACUCCAUCUGGUGGCAGAUGGUUACAUAACAUUUGGGACACAAUAUCAGAAUCAGAAUACUUUAUUAUUAUUCCCCAAGAAAAUUAUGUGCUUACAGUUGCUCCAAGACAAUAAAAACAGUAACAGACUGUACUAAAUUAAAUACAAUUCAAUAUAUUACAAAAAAUAAGGAAUAGCUUUAAUAUAUGCAAAUAGCUCAAUUAUAAAUAUCCAGAAUAUUACAGAGAUUAAAUAUACAUGAUUGAUAUUUUACUCUAAACUGUAAAAAUUUGUUAUUUUCUCUGUAGAGCAGCGGGACUCAAUGUUGUUGGCACAUUUCAGGAGGACGCUGCUAAUAAAGUUACACAAUUACAGAGUGAAUUCGCGUUUUAUUAUUAUAUUUACAAAAUACCACAGUUUUUGUCUUGGCCGUAUCAUUUUAUUUUGUUGUAUUUAUCCACGACACCUUAAAGGCCGGUCCGUGAAAAUAUUGUCUGACAUUAAACCAAUCCGUGGCGCAAAAAAGGUUGGGGACCGCUGCUGUAGAGGAUGUGCAAAAGGGUGCAACUAUUGCUAUUUUUCUUUUUUUUUCAUGGUUUGUGACUUGUUUGUGUUUAUCCUGAAAGGUCAUUGUUAAUGUACAUGAGAAAUUUGACAGAAAUGUUUUAAUAAUUAUAUUCAAGAGGAUUUGCAUGAUAUACUCAAUUAUAUUGUAGAUGUUUCAUACUUGUCUGACAUCAGCUGAGUUACUUUGCAUGGAAUGUGUUGCUUGCGCCCAUCUGUCUUGUUUCAUCUUUAGCCAGACUAAACAGUAGUCUGGGGCGCACUGACAGAGGCGAGGCUGCCGGACACUGGCGCCACCGGGCCCUCUGACCACCACCAGUAGGCAACGGGUGAAGUGUCUUGCCCAAGGACACAACGACCUAGACUGUCCAAGCUGGGGCUCGAACCGGCAACCUUCCGAUUACAAGGCGAACUCCUAGCUCUUGAGCCACGAUAGAGUGAUAAAGAACAUUACCUCUAUCCCAGUUAUAGAUUUGUUUUGGAUUUAUUCCCAGUAAUAAAGGUGAGCACACUGAAAUGAAUGAAGGUGUGUUCACCAUUUUAAAGUAAGUCAUUUGUUACUUCCUUACAUUUGUUAAUGCUGGGAGAAUAACAAAAAUAGAUAGGCUAGUGGAUAUUUUUCCUGAAAAUCUUUAAAGAAAAACGAUUUUCCAACAUUUAGUACUUUAACCAGGAUGGUACCACAGGACCACUACACAUCAUCGUCAAGGCUACACAGCAGAUGCAGGGCACAGUGGGUCAGCGCAGCAGGACUACCGUGGCCUACAUUAUUCCAGUAGUUGGAAUAUGUGCUGCUGCUUUCCUCCUUACCAAUAUAUUCAUUUACCUCUAUCUGGACUCUGUGUAUCAGCCUGGUUUGCAGCAAGUUUCACCUCUUGUGGGCUGUGUGCCUCAACACUUUAAAAUGCCAACCAUGAAAAACUGCACUGCCUGGCUCCAGUGUUCACAAAUAAACGCUGAAGUACAUGAGCUGAAGCUGAUUGGCCAGGGAGCAGUAAAGAAGGUUUAUUUGGCAGAGUGGAGAGGUCAGAAGGUAGCUCUGUCAAGGCUAUCAUCUCUCAAUUACUUGGAGGAUUUUCUCCAUGGAUUGUCAAUGUUACAGGCCCUGCAGAGCCCCCAGGUGGUUCAGUUGGUGGGGUUUUGCCUUGAAGAGCACAUCAUUUUGACAGAACACCACCCGUUUGGCUCACUGCUUAAUCUAGAUGGUAUUCUUGAAAAAGAGCAGCACAAGCAACACAACAAUUGGGAGAUGCGGCUGAGGCUAGCUAUAGAUUACGUCACUAUCCUCCAUUACCUUCAUAACAGUCCAGUUGGGCGACGAGUUAUGUGCGAUUCAAACAACCUUGAGAAAACUCUGUCCCAAUUUCUACUGACAAAUGACUUUCAUCUAGUAGUGAAUGACCUUGAUGCACUUCCUGAAGUGGAUAUGUCCAGAAACUUGUUAGUGAAAUGUGGCCAUCGGGAGCUCAUUGGAGAUUUUGUUGCCCCAGAGCAGCUAUGGCCAUUCAGAAACAAUGGAAAGCCAUUUUCAGACAAUCUCAUGCCAGAGUAUGAUGAGAAGACCGAUAUUUGGAAGAUCCCGGAUGUGACGUGGUUCCUUAUGGGAAAGGUACCUGGCGGGGAUUUAGUCCAUUUCCAUCUUUUUCAGAUCCAUGAGAAGUGCAAGAAGAAGGAUCCCAACGACCGCCCUUCAGCUUUUGAUGUUUUGAAGGUUUACAAAUCAGUCUACAGCAGCAUGGUACGAGACAGUGCUGGGUUUAGAGAUAUGCUUUAGAGUAAUGCCUCAUUUGAAGAGACUAUCAAUAUACAAGAACAAUUGGCUAUCUCAUGUACUUUAAUAAAUGCUCUUCACUUGUUCUGUCUGUCAGUCUUUCAGCAAAUAUUUCUGUCUGUUUAGAAAGCUGAUGAUAGAGCUGGAAUUCUUAAUAAUAUCAGCCAGGGCAUACCAUGGAGUUUUCACCUCGAAAUUCUAUACAUAAUACCCCAUAAGGGCAGUUUUUUUUUUUUGUUGUUUUUUUUUUUUUUUUUUUUUUAAGUUUUCCUUGAAAUUCUUGGAGUGUAUAAGUAUUCACUGCCUUUGCAGUAUCAAUCAAAAUUGAUUUCAGCUGCAUUCUAUUUUCAUUAAUCAUUUGUCAGCUGUUUCUACAACUUGACUGAGGUCCACCUGUGGUGAAUUCAGUUGAUUAGACAUGAUUUGGAAAGGUACACACCUGUCUGUAUAAGGUCCCAUAGUUGAUAGUGCAUGUCGGAGCACAAACCAAGAAAAAAAGUCCAAAGAAUUGUCUGUAGUCCUCGAAGUCAGGGAUGUGUUGAGGCAUAGAUCUGGAGAACGGUACGAAAAAGAUUUCUGCAGCUUUGAAAGUCCCAAUGAGCACAUUUACAUGAUGGCCUCUGUCAUCUGCAAGACAGAAGCCACUCUUCACUAAAAGGCACGAUAGCAUGCCUGGAGUAUGCAAAAAGGCACCUGAAGGACACUCAAAAAACAAGAAAAACAAAAAUGUCUGGCUGAUGAAUCAAAGAUUGAACUCAUUGCCCUAAAUGGGCAUAGUGAAGCAUGCUGGUGCUAGAUGUUAUUCACCAGGAGCUGAGAGAGUACCCAGGGUCAAGGGAAAGAUUAAUGCAGCAAUGUACAGACUUAAUGAUAACCUGCUCUGGAGUACUCUGGUCUAUGUACUGGGGUUAAAUGUUCAUCUUGCAAGAGGACAAUGACCCUAAGUGCUCAGCUAAGAUAACAAAGGAGUUCCUUUGUUAUCUUGAGUUAUGUCCUUGAGUGAACCAACCACAGCCCAGACUUGAACCUUAAUGAACUUCUUUGGAGAGAUCUGAAAAUGGCUGUUCUACCAGUGCUUCCCAUCCAACCUGAUGGAGCUUGAGAGGUUCUGCAAAGAAGAUUUUCAAAAACUGCCUCUAACUAAAAGCUCAUAGCAUCAUACUCAGAAAGGCUUCACAUUGUAAUUAGUACCAAAAGUGCUUCAACAAGGUUAUGAAUACUUUUGUAUAUUUGCCAUUAUGGGGUAUUCUGUGUAGAAUUUUGGAGUGAAAAUUAAUUUAAUCCAUUUUGGAAUGAGGUUGUAACAUGACAAAAUGUCAUGACAAAGCAAUUAAAGCACUGUCAAUACUUUUUGGAUGUACUGUAUGUCUGGCUUAUUUUUAAAAUGGUUUAGGUUCAUGUAUAUUGAGAUAUUUUUAUAUAAUCUUGGUUUUAAUGUACAACUUGUAGGCUUUAUUGAACUAUUUAGGAUUAAUUCUGAUUCAAAAUUGAUUCUGUUCAUCUUAAUGUAGCAUUUUCAGUGGAAGAAACAUUUCAUCACUCAUCCAAGUGACUUUUUCAGUCUCUGCAGGUUUCCCCAACCUUAUAAACAGUACAUUUGCAUAAUGAUGGAACCUAGCACCACUGAUUAACAGUGGGGCGUGAGUCAGUUUAAUGAUAAUAUGCAAAUUGUCUGGGUCACUGAUUGUAGCAAAGGGUCCGACACACACACACACACACACACAGUAUUUUGCUGUGGUGGUAUUUGUUUAUUUUCUUUAUUUUCUUAUAGUUCGUUUGGGUUUAAGGCACUCUUGUACUAGGAAGCAGCUCCUUCCUCAGCUCACUGCACACUCACCCCUCCCGUCUGUUUCCACUGUCACUAUAUACAUAUAUAUGUGGAGAGAGAGAGUCAUCAGUCACAGCACACACACCUGUCUCCUCUGCCACCUCGAUGCUUCCUCGAGAGCCCACUGUACCACCCCUCCACUGCAGCAGGCCUGAGACCAAAGCGCUGCCACAUUGAUCAAUAUCCAGUGAUCAAAGACCCGGAUCAAUGACUUUACCUUUUUCACUUAAAUAGCCUCCUUGACUCCACACUCAAACCAGUGUGCCUCACUGUCCAGGAUGUGUAAGUGCUAUGUCCAAAUGAACAGAAAAGAUGUGGUCCCAAAUAGAGCUAUUUUAUUGUAUUUUUUUAAAUAUGCUAAUAGCAAGGAUCCAGUUUGAUUAUAAAUGGAUUUAUUGGAGGUUGAAUUAGUCUGCUACAGUGGAUCAUAAUGGCUUGUAUUUUAUCAGUGAACAAGAGUGCUCAACAUAUUGUUAAAGUGACAUUGUCUAAUUUUUUUUGUGCUUCUUGCCCUGAAAGGAAUCUAAUAAGUGGCCUUUUUUUACCGAGGAAAGAGCAGUUAAUUAUACAGAACAACCAACAAUCUGCAGCCUACCAGGGUCUCACUUGUUAUUAGUUUAAAUUCGCAGUUUAGAAUGUUUAGAAUAAAUUGUAGAUCACAAAAAGUUAGGACAAACCUGCUCUUUACAUUUCCCAUUGUUUAGAUAUUUUUCCCCUUUGGUUGAUAAUUUAAAUUCCAUAUGGUAUCUAGACCAAGGUUUGUUACCUGGUUCUAAAAGCAAAUAUAAAAUAAAUAAUGCAUUGUUUGUUUUCUCGUGAUUUGAACUGUUCUGUUUUCUUAUUCCACCUUAUGGCUGGAAUAGUAUAAUGUUCAGACAUUAUUUGGUAAAUGGCCUGUAUUUAUAUAGCGCUUUUAUGGUCCCUAAGGACCCCAAAGCGCUUUACAUAUCCAGUCAUUCACCCAUUCACACACACAUUCAUACACUUUAUUUAUAUUUGUGACCGCAUCAAAGACAUAUACGUUAAAUAUUGAAAUUCAACCUCAUGGUUACUUCUCUGUUUAGGUGACAUAGUACACUGUGGAUUGAUCAGGUCUGUGAAUAUGUAACCAUUUAUGACUAUUACUAUAAGAAAUGGACAUUAAUCAAAUUUAAAAAGCCA